AUGAGUUCUAGUCUUGGCUCCCCCGACAUCUCGCAAACCUCAUCUAAGCGUGCUUCUCUCAAACUCGAUAUUCAACCCUUGUCUGCUGCUCCAAGCGACCAAUCAACCGCCGCUUCGACCGAAGUAUCUUCAGCUGUCUCGACCGAGGUCUCUUCUGUCAGCAUGUCUGCGCCGGAGCCCACCAUCCAGGAGCUGCUCGCUAAGCCCCGCAGCGAGCUCACCGAGUACGAGGUUGGCCGCGUCGGAUUCUACGAGCUGACCCAUGGUCCCUUCCGCCUGCUUUACAACGCCUGCAACACUGGUAACCAGGUUCUCAUCAACACCCGUGGCAAUCGCAAGCUGUUGGCUCGUGUCAAGGCGUUCGAUCGCCACUGCAACAUGGUCCUCGAGAACGUGAAGGAGAUGUGGACAGAGCGACCCCGUGGCGCUCCCAAGGGCAAGCUGGUCAACCGGGAUCGUUUCAUCAGCAAGAUGUUCCUGCGUGGCGAUGUCGUCAUCCUCGUGAUGGAGACUUAA